CAGACACCCUCGCCGUUGGCCGUCUCCGCGAUUCUUGGGACAGUCUUGGAGCCUAGGCCUAGUGACGUCGCGAGGUCGCGGGGGUACGGGUACGCGUCGGCGAGAUCAGGUGAAAAUCUAUUGACUUGCAGUUUGCAGUCGAUGAAUCGGGCCUGAGAGGGCUUCGUAUACGGGCGGAAAGGAAAGAAAACAAUCGGACCGACGUCCGCCGAGAUGGCCGACAGCGAGCAGAAGGCGUUGCACCUGGUGGCGGAGGCCGAGAGGAAGCUGUCGUCGUCGAAGGGCUUCUUCGGCACCCUGUUCGGGAGCUCGUCGAAGGUCGAGGAAGCGGUGGAAUGUUACCAACGGGCGGCGAACAUGUUCAAGAUGGCAAAGAAGUGGAGUUCGGCGGGGAAGGCGUUUUAUGACGCGGGGGAGUUACACGCGAAGGCGGGUAGUCGUCACGACGCGGCUAGUAAUUACGUAGACGCUGCCAAUUGCUUCAAGAAGUCCGAUACAAACGAGGCGAUCAGCUGCCUGUUGAAAGCCAUCGAGAUUUAUACCGACAUGGGUCGUUUUACGAUGGCAGCCAAGCAUCAUCAAAGUAUAGCCGAGAUCUAUGAAAGCGAGGCGGUCGACUUGGAGCGCGCGGUGCACCACUACGAGCAGGCCGCGGACUAUUUCCGCGGCGAGGAAAGUAACUCCUCCGCGAACAAGUGUCUCUUGAAAGUCGCGCAGUACGCCGCGCAACUUGAGAAUUACGAUAAAGCCAUUCGGAUCUAUGAGCAGGUCGCUUCCGCGGCAUUAGAAAGUUCUUUACUAAAAUACAGCGCCAAGGAUUACUUCUUCCGCGCUGCGUUGUGCCACUUGUGCGUGGACUCGUUAAACGCCCAGCACGCGAUCGAGCGUUAUCAGGAGCAGUAUCCCGCUUUUCAAGAUUCUAGAGAAUACAAACUGGUUAAGACGUUGAUAGAGCAUUUGGAGGAACAGAAUCUAGAAGGUUACACAGAAGCGGUGAAGGAAUACGAUUCAAUUUCAAGAUUGGAUCAGUGGUACACGACAGUAUUGUUACGUAUAAAAAAGCAAAUUAAUGAUAAUCCGGAUCUACGCUGAUCAGUUGCGCUCUACUUGCGUUAUUUUCUGGCAACGAUAUUCCCAGACCAUGCGUAUUCGUUAUUGAGUCACACUCUAUUUUCAGUGGAAACUAUAAAGUAGUUCCAUUUUUAUAUUUAGAUGUAAUUGGCCCGUAUUAUCAUUGCUUCCUCGUGCAAUUUUUCUUAUUUACCUUAUUUACUACAUCUUUUUAAAUCGUUAGCGUAUCCAUGAAGUCACAUGGAGAAUCACGGUAUGCAAGAAUGUGAGAGACGAUUAUUUCGAACGUCGUAAUCCUCAUGAUUAUUUUUUAUUAAUUAAAUACACAGCCUUACUGUCAGAUAUUGGCGAGUAUUACACCGAGAAUGUCGUUGUUUUUUUGUUGUUGUAAAGUAAUAGAGCCUACGGUCUUUAUUUCUCUUACUUUGUGUACUUUGUAAAUCUCUUCCUUUCAAAAAUCGAUAUUCUUACUACAAAUUAACCAAGAUUAUUAUAGACUUUAGGCUUUAAAAGCCUAAAUAAUACUGACUACAAACAAUACUGAAUCGACAAAUUUUUUGUUCUUUCCUACCUCAGGAUAAUUUAACAACAAACGCUUAAUUAUGUUCUCUCGUUUAAUAAAGCAAGGAGCAAGUAUUGUACAUUAUUUCGAUGUAUAUAAUUUAUAUUUAUUUAAACAAUAACUUUCCUUUGUUUCUUUAUAAUACGACUGUUAAUACGAUUUCACUUCAAUUCUUUUUUUUUCCGAUAUUUUACGGCGAAGGAAUUAUGACGAUCAAGUAUGACCGUCAUCAUUUGUCACUCUUGCACUGCCAAAUUUAUUAAGGUAACGAAUGUAGUGUACGUCUAAUUGGUACAGUUCAUAAUUAUCUCUUUUUUUCUUCUUCCUUCUCCACUUUUCUCCCCUUGGUCCUUUCUGUUUCUUGCGUUCGUUUGAUUUGAAAAUACGGCUGCUACUUGUUUGUAUAGGUUUACAGCUUUAAGCCGA